AUGGCUUGCCAAGAUUUCACCACCUUAGACUACCGAGUCUGCCACGAGGCAGGCCCUGCACCUUGCGUCAGGCAGGCAUCAACCACCGGAGAGCCUACUGUCUUGUGGGUAUCGGGUCUGCAUAUCCCGGAAACUUUUUUAGCCGCCCUGGUACAAAUAGCAUGCCGUCUCCACAACUGGCCUUUGGAUAGAUCCACUCUUUAUACUUACGUCACUGAGUAUGUGGAUCCUAUGGAUGUCAUAUUACGUCCAUCACAAGGAAACUGUUUAUUGCAUGGGCUCUACCUAGAAGGAGCAGCCUGGGAUCUGGAAAACAACUGCUUGAAGAGAUCAACUCCAAAAGUACUCAUUGAGAAACUUCCGGUUCUAGGAGUUGUUCCUAUUGAGGCGUUUCGUCUAAAGUUACAAAACACCCUGAGAACUCCUGUAUACACAACUUCUUUGAGGAGGAACGCCAUGGGUGUAGGACUGGUUUUUGAAGCGGAUUUGCGAACCACUGAACAUACCAGUCAUUGGAUACUACAGGGUGUUUGUUUAGUUUUGAAUACAGAUUGAUUAAUUUUUUUGUAGAUCAAGCAAAUAAUAUUAUAUUUUGUGUGAUAGUUCAAUAGAAAUAAAUUAUUUUUA